AUGUCUGACGUCAAGAAGAUCCUCACCACCGAGGCCUGCCCUCCACUAACCCCCCUCCCACCGCAGUCCCAAGCCAUCGUCGCCGGCCCCAACAUCUACGUCUCGGGCCAGAUCCCCGCCGACAAGACCGGCGCACUCGUCGACGGCGACAUCGGCGUGAAGACGCAAGCCUGCAUCGACAACAUCAAGGCCAUCCUGGCCGAGGCCGGCAGCGAUAUCACGCGGGUGAUCAAGGUCAACGUGUUCCUGGACGACAUGGCCAACUUCGCGGCCAUGAACGCCGUCUACGAGAAGGGGUUCGCGCAUAAGCCCGCCCGCAGCUGCGUCGCCGUCAAGACGCUGCCCAAGAACGUGCCCGUCGAGAUCGAGUGCAUUGCGUACCAGGGUGAGCUUGCCAGGUUGUAG